GCUCGAUUGAUGCUGUUGCGGUCGACGAUCAAUUCUACCUGGUGUUUCGGUACGACAUCCAAUCAAGGGCACCCCUGUAGAUGAGGACGACUGGACGGCGCCGCCAACCAUGGACUUUUCCCAGUAUGGAGAGGCCAGCGAGGAAUGGCGCAGGUUAGAGGCCACCCUCCCGGUGCCUGCAGAGUUGAGCGCGCAUGAGCUGCAGCGAAGCACGAACGAAACGCGCGUCAACACGGCACGGGAGGAGAUGAAGCAGCUCUCGCAUCAAAUGGUCAUGCAAGACUGGCACAUCCCCACGCGUGACGGCUCCCAUGUCGAGGCUCGUACCUAUCGCUCUGCUGCCGUCUCUGCCACUGAACCCUUGCCAAUCUACAUCCACUUCCACGGCGGCGGCUUCUUCUUUGGCACGCUUGCUUCCGAGGAUGCCACAUGCUCGCGCAUCGCCCUGACUACUCACACCGCCGUCUUGAACGUGAAUUAUCGGCACACGCCCUCCUUCAACUAUCCCACCGCCUGGCACGACUCCGAAGAUGCCCUUGCCUGGGUCGCGGAGCACGCGGGAGACUUUGCGGGCGAUCCAUCUCGCAUCGUCGUUGGCGGCGUAUCUGCUGGUGCCUACUUGACCGCGGCCUUGAUGCUGACUUUGCAUCGAGAGCAGAAUCCCCUGCGACAUCGCAUUCUUGGGCAGGUCCUGAUGAUCCCCCCACUUGUACACAAAGAACACUCCGAGUCCUACGUCAAACAGCUCGCGGAUCCCGGGUUAUCAUCGUGGAUCCAGCUCGAAUAUGCGCCCAUAUUGCCCGUUAGUAGAAUCGACUUCUUCAACAGCAUGGCGUUCCAGGGACCGACACUUGCCGACGACUGGCGCGCCAACCCCGGCCUUGUACCUGCUGUGGACAUCGCGGCGUUACCGCCAGCAACCUUCGGCAUCUGUGGUGCAGACCCGUUGCGAGACGAAGGCUUGAUAUUUGCCAAAAUGCUUCAGCAGACUGGGGUUCCAACGAAUGUGCACGUUUUCAAAGGCCUACCGCAUGGUUUCCGACGAUUCGGAGACAAAUUGCCCCACGGGAGUCGUGCUUGGGAUGAUGUCUAUCAUGGAGGCAUCAAAUGGGCUCUGGCCAAUCCCCAGCCUUCAGCCGCAUUUGAUGUCCACGUCCACUAGACAUGGCGCAGCCAAGUCAAACCCGUGGCCAAGCACUACAUGCAGGUGUAGAAGAUAGUCGAUGAAAUAGAUACGAUAAAUACAGCUCUUGAGUACCUUGUGAGCUUGCCUUACCUGCGUGUCCAUCAAGGGCUGAAGUGCCGAGGCAGGGUGAAGC